AAACAAUAAUAAUAAAAUAAUAGGAAAAAAAAAAAAAGAAUAAACCCUCCUCCGCCGCUCCUCUAUCGCCGGCAGACCCCAUCCAAAUUUUCGAGCUUCAGCGUUCCGGCGAACCAUGUUGAUGACGAGGGAAGAAGACGGGAGUCACUCGGUCAAUGUUUUGAAUUUCCCUCGGGCUGAAGAUAUUCGGUUAGAGACUACCCGUGCAAGAUUUACAAAUAUCCUCAAAAGGCAUGGAGAGUUGACGGUGCGACUUUCGAGGGACUGUGACAAGACCCUUUUUGAGCGCUUGCAGAAGGAGUUUGAUGCUGUUCGUGUUUCUCAAACACGAGAAAUAUAUUUAGAAGGUGAGCAAUGGAAUGAUGGGUUACUAGCAACAGUAAGAGAGCGGGUUCACAUGGAAGCUGAAAGGAAAACAUUACAAUCGCGAAGAGAUGCAGAUGCAAUGUUAGACCACUCCAUUCAUGAGAAAUGUACUUAUAGAGCUGGAAAUAAGAUAAUCUGUUGUUUGGAUGGAGCAAGAAUUGGCAUUCUGUAUGAAACGUCAUUUGCAGGAGAACCUUGUGAGGUGUUCCAUUGUGUUCUUGAAAGCAAGUCAUUUCUAGAGAAAAUGACUGUUCUCGAGCAUACAAUUCCAUUUUUCUUGCCGAUACGUGAGGUGGAAAAUGAUUAUCUCUCUUCAAAUGCAAUGAAGUUCAUAGAUUAUGUGGGAGACUUGCUUCAGGCUUAUGUCGAUAGAAAAGAGCAGGUUCGCCUUGUAAAGGAAUUGUAUGGAAAUCAAAUAGGGGAGCUUUACUUUAGUCUCCCGCAUCACAUGAUAGAGUUUGUGCUGGCGAAUUUUGACUGCAAGAUAACUGUGAAUCUUAGAUACGCGGAUCUUCUCGCAACACUACCUUGUGAAGUCAGCGUAUUUGCAUGGCCUAAGCGGCAAACUAAGAAACGUCGAACCAGUGCAUUGCCAGUUGACCAGAGGGACAAUGGGGCUACAAGAAGUCAACUAAUUCCAGCUCGUUUAGUACCAGCUGAGGAUGCCCUACGAACAAUGAGUUUACCUGAAGCUUUUGCGGAGAUUGUUCUGAACAUGUCCGAGAUGCUUAAAGAUGCAUUCCCGAUGCAGACCUCAGCCUAAUUUAUUCAUCGUAUUAUCAAAGUCAAUAGUAAAAAUCUGGUACUUUGUGAGUACAUAAAAUGGAAUUGCUGGUGGUAGUUUGUGGAAGAUGUAUCCCGAUUUAACUUCAAAUUGAGAGAGAGAGAGAGAGAGAGAGAGAGAGAGAGAGAGAGAGAGAGAGAGAGAGAGAGAGAGAGAGAGAGAGCAUGUUUGAAUCUGUCAGAUGUGUGUUUUUGCUGCACUCUUAUCUAAUUGGUGCUAUUUGAUAAAA